UUCGAUUUUAGUCCCUCGUCAGCUUCCGUAUGACGUCAUUAUUAGGUGACGCGCCGCAGCAUGGAGGAGCUGUCUCAAUGAGCUCUUUUUGACCUUCUCGUGUUUAUAAAGUCUGCUAAACUCAGAUUGAGUGAAACGUUGCAGGAUGUCAGUCAAACACGCCUCGGUUCAUGCUAAAUGGGUCAUCGGCAGAGUAAUCGGCACCAAGAUGCACAAAACUGCCAAAGUGAGGGUGACCAGGCUGGUGCUGGACCCCUACCUGCUCAAGUACUAUAAUAAGAGGAAGACCUACUUUGCCCAUGAUGCUUUGCAGCAGUGCACAAUGGGAGACAUCGUCCUCCUCAAGGCUCUUCCUGAGGCCAGAUCGAAACACGUGAAGCACGAAAUGGUUGAGAUCGUGCACAAAGUGGGCCGCGUGGUGGACCCUCUGACAGGAAAGCGUGCGGCAGGGACAGAGUUUUUGGAGUCUCUGAGUGACCUCGAGGUGGAACAGGACACUUCGCUGGCAGAAAAACUGCAGGAGCUCAACAUCUCUGCUGCCUCCAGUGCAGCGGACUCUCCACCAGUGCAAACGUCCUCCUCAUGACAGAGAACCAGUCUGCACUGAUUUAGUUUUCACAUAAUGUGUCUCUGUAAAGCAGUAGUCUUGUCAUGCAAGUGGUAUAUAUGAUCUCUUUGUUAUCUCCCUGGGUUACGGGUGGAUUAUAAGACAUGAAAAAUAUCCAAAAUCUGUCCUGCUUUGAAACAAAAUAUUAAGAAAACAUGUUUGAUCUGUUGUGGUUCAUUUGAUUUUUCUGUUAUUUUGCAUGUAUAAGCUGUUCUGUGCUCAGCAUUUAUUUGUGUCCUUUUUGCUUUUCUUUUAGCUUUUCUUUGUUUUGGUUUCCUUUUUUUGUUUCUUCACACUCUUUAUUCUCUCUUUGUGUGAGUCUUUGUAGUAAUUGUGAGCCUUAUGUUUUCAGAUGUUCUCUGUAUCAUUUGUUUGAUAUAUAGACUCAAAACAUUUAGACUGACUUCCAACAGAAGGUCUGGUCCUGUUUCUCUGCUUUUGAAUAAUAGUGAUCUGUUGUUCAUUACUUUGAUAAUUUGAACUCAGAUGACUUGUAGUGAUUUCUUACACACCAGACAACUGGCAGGUGUCAGAAGAAUAGGCGCAAUUAAGACUUAACAAGAAAAACUGGUUCAUGGAGUUUAGGAGUGCCUAAAGUGACUUAACCAUGAAAACAAACAGAUCUACUGAAGAAAGAUGCCAGAUGACUGAGGAGACAGCUACCACAAUGUGACUUAGAACAACAAUUUAAGGACAUUACCAUGAAAAUGUAAAGGAAGGAUUAGGGUCUUUAUCUGUAAUAUGGAAACAAGUUAUUUUAUUUCAUUCCUGACCCAGAUGUGUGUUUAAAGGAUAUUGCAUAGUCAUAUUAAAAUGUAUGUAC